CACAAACUUGCUGCCUCCCAUCGCCCUCCAAGCCCUGAUCCACUGGGCAAGAGUCAUGGCGCGUGCCUUGCACCGACGGCCCCCGUGACACAGGUACCCCACAUAGAACUUACGCCUUCCAACAACAAUACAGCGGCACAUAUACUUCAGCUUGCCACAGCGCAGGUGGUGUUGCACACCAUGACUCGGCGAAUCGUCCGCACUCUAGGCCAGAUCGCCGCCUGCAUCUCUCUGUUCUGUGUCCUGAUUUUCUUUGCGGACUCGCGAUAUCGAGUUCUUCCCGCUUCCAUCCAUCACGCGCUUCCCUCGCACCAUGCUGGGACCGUCAUCACAGAUGUCACGAUCGCGUUUUGUUCAACCGUGAACCCCCUCUCCAAAUGUCUGCUGGAGGACCACAAUUGGAAACGAGUGGAGAAGGACCUGCUCCUGGGCGGAGGCUGGAUACGAAGCGCAUACUUACACGUGCAGCGCAAACAGGAGGAGGAGCUGCUCAGCGACGACAAAGUGGUGGUGGGAGUGAAGGUUGGCAAACAGGCGCCCGCAAUAGGAGGACAGGACGAGAGCCAAGAGCCAUGGGAGAGCAGGCCAGGUGGACUCUGGAUCCAGCGAAGCAGCAAGAGGCACGACAGCGAUUCUGAUCGCGCAGUGACUGCUAUCGAUGUUCUAUUCGGACCAGAUGCUGUCGACCCUCGCCCAAACUGGGUUUUGGAGAGCACCACUCUGCUCAUUGACGGGAUCAACGCCAAUUAUGCUCCACGAUUGAGCGCGCGACAUGGCCGUCCACGAGCUGAGCAUGAAAUCAGUCCGACAUUAAGAGUGAACAAGGACGGCAAGUUCAAGAUUCUGCAGAUUUCGGAUGCACAUCUCUCGACUGGAACGGGCGCAUGCAGAGAUGCAAUUGGGAUAGACAACAAGCCUAGCACCAAUUGUGAAGCAGACCCUCGAACGUUGGAAUUCCUUGAGCAGGUACUUGACGACGAGAAACCAGAUCUCGUAGUCCUCUCCGGAGACCAAGUUGAAGGGCCUGCUGCGCCAGACACGCAAACAGCAAUUUUCAAGAUAGUCGCACCCCUGAUCGAGCGGUCGAUCCCGUACGCAGCGAUCUUCGGUAAUCAUGACGAUGAAGGUCCUCGCUCGUCUCCUCGAGUAGCCCAGAUGGCGUUGAUGCAGACUUUGCCAUAUAGCCUUUCGGAGCCUGGUCCGCAAAAAGCAGAGGGCGUGGGAAAUUACUACGUCGAAGUGCUCGCUCCAGGAUCGCAGCACUCUGCUCUCACACUUUACAUGCUAGACACCCAUAGUCUCACUCCGGACGAGAAGCGAUACAAAGGAUACGACUGGUUGAAGCCCGGACAGAUUGAUUGGUUUCGCGAGACUGCGCAAGGAUUGAGGAAGGCGCAUGCGAGGUAUAGUCACAUUCAUAUGGAUAUGGCUUUCAUACACAUCCCUCUGCCAGAGUAUGCCGACCGGUCGAAUGUCAUGGCGGGUGGAGCGUGGAAAGAAAGCGUAACCGCUCCCGGGUUCAAUAGCAAAUUCUACGAUGCAUUAGCAGAAGAAGGCAUCGUAGCUGUGGGCUGUGGACAUGACCAUGUCAACGACUAUUGCGCGCUGAGACCGCACAAGCAUGAAGUUGCAGCAAGGGACGAGGUAGGCGAAGGACAGCAACCACAUCAUGCUCAUACACGGGAGAAGCUGGGUCCUUGGUUAUGCUAUGCUGGUGGUUCGGGUUUUGGCGGAUAUGCUGGGUAUGGGGGCUAUCAUCGAAGGGUGAGAGUGUGGGAGGUGGACACGAACGCGGGGAGGAUGUCCACGUGGAAGAGGGUGGAAUGUUGCGGGGACGAAGUGGGAAAGAGGAUCGACGAAGUGGUGCUCGCUGAUGGAGGCAAUGCCAUCGCUCCGGCGUAGAUGAGGGCCAGGGCAUAGGUAUCAUUUAUUGCACGCGGGAUGCGUGCAUGAGGUGCUGCUACCACGUCCAGGGAUGGCAUACAGACGGGCCGAGCAAGCAGAGGUGGAAGGAGAACGGGAGGAUUAUUAUUUAUGGGUAUUGCGUUGGCCGCAGCCACCAGAAAGAAGGUGGGGACGGUCCUGAUGAGCCCACCAAGCACCUGUAAGGUACCUACCUGAGGUAAUGGCUCAGCAAGGGUGCCGCGAGACAG